AUGGCAUUUUUCAAAAGCAAGUGUUCUCAGCUUGUGAGCUCUCAUCACAGAUACGUGCAGACUCUUCUGUCCUGUAAUGAUGUGACUAGAAAUCGAGUGGAAAUAAAUGAUUUAGAUCCUGAGGUUUUUAAAGAAAUGAUGAGAUUUGUUUACACGGGAAAAGCACCGAAUCUUGAUAAAAUGGCGGACAACUUGUUGGCAGCUGCAGACAAAUAUGCACUGGGACGACUGAAGGUCAUGUGUGAAGAAGCUUUGUGUAGUAGCCUCUCAGUAGAAAAUGUUGCUGAUACCCUUAUCCUUGCAGAUUUGCACAGUGCAGAACAGUUGAAAGCCCAGGCAAUAGACUUUAUUAAUAGGUGCAGUGUUCUUCGACAACUUGGAUGUAAGGAUGGGAAAAACUGGAACAACCAAGCAACUGACAUAAUGGAAACAUCAGGGUGGAAGGCCAUGAUUCAGUCGCAUCCUCAUUUAGUGGCAGAAGCCUUCCGCGCACUAGCGUCUGCACAGUGUCCACAGUUUGGUAUUCCACGCAAAAGGCUAAAGCAGUCUUGAGUCUUCCAUGGACAGUAGGAAAAUGUAUUUGCCUUUACUACCCCAGGUCCAGAAGGAUUCCAGAGCAAACCAUAAGCAACAGUUGUUUCUGUCUCUUGUCCACAGAAUGAAAGCUGGAGAAGCAUAUUGUUUACUUUCAGGUGGAAAAUUUAUGGUUUAUACUUCAGCUUUAAAUCAGACUGAUUAAUUCACUUCAAGGCCUUAAAUUAUCUUCAGUGACUUCUCUUGUUUAUAUAGUAGUUUAAUUUUUUUAUUGUGCCUUGUCAGUUUGCCAAGGCUAUGCAAGAUUGCACUAGCUCCACAAUGCAGUAAUACUGAUAAAUGAAGAUACUGAGUUUCAAAGAAUCUUCCAUUAUUUUGGAAACAAAAUAAUUUUAUAGGUUUUGUUCUAUAUGACCUCCAAGUAUAAAACUAGGUUCUGUUGGAUUUGGAGAUUGCCAGUGGUGCCUCCAGUCUCAGUUGUGUAGACACUAAAGAGCCUAUUACCAUUCAGGUAAGUGAUGGCCAUACACUGCUCCGCUUUAAUUUAUUUUUCAGUUCAGGGGGCAGAUAGCAAUGAGUUGACCUAAUCUUUAGUAAUGUUUGUGGUGUUUGUAUAUUAACUGCUCAAGAAACUGGGCUUAUGCACAUUUGCAAUGAUUGAGAAAUAAUUUGAGGUUAAAAUUUCAGUAAAAAGAAAGCAUGGUUCUUGCUAACGUUUUAAAUUUAUAAUGACUUACAUUUGAAAGAAUAAUUUAGUAGAUGUUAAAGUCAGGAUGACUAAAUGUCAGUGUCAUGAGUGGGCCAAUUAAGAAAGAUAUAUAUGCACUUUUAAUGUGAAAUUUUUUAUGAUGAAUGGUACAUAUAUAUUUUCUUCUUUUGUGGGGAUUAAUAAGGUAUAAUUAUGUUUUAACAUUUAAAAGUUUUUAUGACACAUGGAUCCAACUUGGAUGUUUGUGAUAAUAGAUAAAAAUCUGCUUGACUACAGAUAAAUUAAUUUGGAUUUCAAGUAAUCAUUAUUGGAUUUAUUACUGUUUUAUCACACUUGGAAAAGGCACCUAACAAUGAAUGAGUCCUGUAGAGUCUGCUUCUUUUUAAGCAAUGAAUGUAUUCUAUUUGCCUGUAGGAGGUGGUGGGAAACCAGAGAAGCCUCUGAGAGUAUGAGCAGACAUACUAGGGAACUUUAUUUCCCUUUCUUUUCUCCUUGAUGGUUCAGUUGCUAACAUAGUAGAUUCUUGAAAUUUUGCAUAAUGUUAACAGGAUAAAUGUUACCAACUAUUUUUAAUGAGCCAUUUCUUUAUUAGGAGUUUAGCUUUAAACACACAAAUAUUUGGAAUUUGAUAGUUGUGAGAUCUUUUUUUGGUGAAUUAUCCCUAGAGAAAAAGCAGUGGUCAUUGUCAUAUCGUAUAUGACUGAAGCAUUGGUAAUGUACUUUCCACAUAAAGACAGACCAUAUUACUGAAAACAGGUAUAUAUGCCUGUAUUUUGCCUAUAUACCUUUAUUCUUCAUAUUUAAAUUUGUGUGAUUGUUUCUUUAGUCUUAAAAUUCAGUAAAAGUAACAUUAUGGUUUUAAAAUAGACUUUAUUUUUACUAUCACCUUUGUUAGAUAUUAACUGAAACCAAUCUUAAAAUCCUUAUAUUGAAACAAUACUGUCAGAUAAGCAUUAGUUCUCAAGAGCAAACAAACAGAGAUCAUAUUUUUAGAUAUUUUAGUUUGAGUCUUUGUUAUGUUAACAAUUAUUUGGUAAGAAUUGAAUGUCUAAAAACAUUAUCUUAUUAGCAUCUUCUUUCAAAAUUGAAUAAAUUUUUCUCCAACUUUGAACCCUAAAACGUGCAGCUGUUUCCAUGGCUCUCCGUGCAUGGUUAGCCAUUUCUAUUCCAAGUACCUGAUCCUCUGUUUCCUUUCUUACACUUACCUCCUAACAGGUUUUCUCUGGAGUUCCAAUUUUUCACUUAAUACUCUUCUUUUACUACACUUUAUGGAAAGAAUUAUUUGGAAUAAGAAAUUUUUUCAACUGACAAUGGGCUUCACCCUCUAUAAGAGAAUCAUGACAAGCAAAAAUUUAUUCCCUGAAUUUUAUUGUAAUACAAAGCCUGUUAUAUUAACAUUGUACCAUUUUAAAAUACACACACAUACUUUUAAUAUAAGAUAUUCCCAUGGUCUGACUAAAAAACAAGGAUUCCACUCAGCUGUAGAAUACAUUGUUGCAUAUCAUUAAAACACUGAAGUCUAUGUACCACACAUUGUAAAACGAUUCAGUGAUUUGGUCUACAUUUCUAACCACAAUAAAAUCAGUAGUAAUGCCAUAUAGUGAACAUUAACAUUUAUUAAUAAUCUUAACAGGAUUUUCUUAUAAAUAUUUUUGUUUUUAGUUUGCUAACAUAUUUUCUACCAAAAAAUGUCAAACACUGUGCUCUAUAAAUAUCAAUGUUUGCUGAAAUGUCCAUUUUUCAGAUGAUACAGUACCUACCAUUAUACUCAUAGAAUCAUAUAAUAGUUUAUGUUUUUAUGUAUAUUUUAGUAGUAUUGGUUCUUGAGUCAGUGAUAAAAUGCUAUUAAUAUUUUCUUAUCAGAGUGCAUUUCCCCUAUGAUUAUCCUAUUUAUUAAACUAUAUACAACUUGGUCAAAAUAGGUACAAUUUCUUCCUAAUGCAUUCUUUGUCUUUUAAGUUACCAAUUUACUUCUAUUACUCUCUAGUCACCUAAACAAGGCUUUUUUCAGAACACAGUAAGGGGUUUUAAAUAUUACAAUUCAAAAAUGCAUCCAUUGGAAAACCAUUCUUUAGACUAAGAUUUAGGAACACUAUAUUUGUGCCUUUUUCAUUUUUUACAUUGAAUGUGUUUUGAUAUUUGGAGCACAAAUAUGAAGGUGCCAUAAGAUGGCUUACUAAUGUUACCUCCUUAAGUAUUUUUAUGUCACUAACUUCAAACAGUAAUUGGAGAACUUUGAAUGAAAUUUGGUCAUUUGUGUGAGGUGUGUAUGUAUUUGUAUCUGUAUUCCCGUGAGCUAUGUGUAAUAUGUUUAAAAAUGAAUUUAUGAAAAUAGGACUUACUUAAAUAUGCCGAAAGUUCAGAUUAAUUGAAAUAUCUCAGUUAAAUGUGCUUUAUUUGAGAAGACAGUAGCUUGCCAGAAGACAGUGAAAUUCUCAAAAAUAUUACCAGCAUUCUGCAUGAUAAAAUAGGAAAAACAGUGCUGUUUUAAGAUAUCAAGUAUAAUUAAGCUUUAAAAUAAUUUAAAAUAAUUGCUUUAAAUAUCUUUAAAGUGUCAUAAACAUCAUUGUUUUAUUUUUAACUAGAUCUAAUUGAGAGUUUAAAUUGUGAAAAAUAUUUAUUUGCCCAUUUAAAAUUUUGUACAUACAUUCUAAGCAGUUUUUAUAUAAAAUUAUAGAUAAGGACUUGAGUGUGACUCAGUGAUAUAGUGCUUAUCAACACUCACAAUAAAUGGGAUCAUAGAUCCCAUUCAUUGUUACAAAAAUGCAACAAAGACUUGGAUAUAAGUUUUAUGAAAAUCUAACUCAGCAAUUUUACUGCAAGUCACAUGUUCAUGAAAAAAUAAACUAAUCUGCCUUGAACAUACAUGGUCUUUGAUGGUUACAAUGAAAAUAUUUGUUGUGUUCUUGAGAGAGAUAGGUGGGCGAGUGAGUGGGUUUCAUUGUUCUCAGAAAAUAAAUACAGCACUUUUAGCACACAUGAGAGUAUUUUACAACUUUUUUAUAAAAAGAUUGUGAGCUCAAUUUUAAGUGUUCAUGGAACGAUGUAAAUGUUAGGUCUAGCUGUAAAAAUACUUAGUGCCUCAAAUGCAAGACUUCUUCACUAGGAAUGAAAUCACAAUGUAUCUCCUGUUGUUGUAUGUGAAAUUUAUGUCUGAGAAGGAAUACUUAUAUUUAAAUAUUUUCGUGGUAGUAAAGCUUAUUGUAUACUAUAACUAGUUAAUUUAGCAUCACUUGAGCCCAUUAAUGGAAAUAAAGUUCUGCUAAAAUUACUUAAUUAUUAGUUCAGAAGGACUUUCAAGACUCAGAUGUAUAAACAUUUAACUUUCUGGCCUUUAUUUAAUCAACUGGUGUUUUAUGAUGAGAUACAUACUAUUUGUGUUAAUGUUGGAAACAGAUUUUGUGUUUCAGCAUGUUGAGUUAAAAUAAAGUUGUUACCACUUAUUCAAAAUUUA